AUGGUCAAUGCGGCGACGACUUUCAAGAACUUCCAAUUCGACUUCGACCUUGGGGUGUCGUCUGGAUCGGGCAUUGGAGGGGGUGGAGGUCGGUUGGGAACGGCAGGCGGCAGCCUCAAGGACCAGAAGCUCGGUGGCGGUGUGGGUGGCGGAGGGCGACCAGGCGCGGGAGGCGGCUACGCGCAGGGCGCAACCUCGUGGUCCACAGGCGGAGGCGGAGGCGGAGGGGGAGCAGCGCGCGCGCCCCCCGCCUCCGCCAGCUCCUAUGCGCAGGGGCAGGCGCAGGGGCAGGCGCAGAGGCAAGGGGGAAGCGGGGGCGGGCCUAGCUGGGUGCCUCUGGGGCAGUCGGGGAUUGGCAGUGGGGGGAGCGGGGGGAGCGGAUAUGGGGGGAUGGGGAUGGGGGGGAUGGGGAUGGGGGGAAUGAACGCCAAGCCUCUAAACUCCUCCCUGUCAUCAUCUGGUGCGUCAGCAGCAGCAGCAUCUGCCAGCAAGGCGGAUGACGUGUUCGCCAGCCUGUGGAGCAGCGCCACGGCCUCCGCGCGGCCUGGAGCGUCGUCCACGUCAUCGUCCACGUCAGCGUACGGUGGGUCCACGUCAGCGUAUGGCGCGUCAAGGGACAGCGCGGGAGGGGCGUCUGGGGGAGGUAGAUUCGGGGGAGGCGGAGGGGGAGGCGGCGGGUUUGAUCCAUUUGGAAUGGGCGAUUUACGAAGCUCCGUUCCCAAAGCUGGUGCCUCAGGAGGAACAGGCGUGGCGGGAGGGGGGUUUGGUGCAGGAGCAGGAGCAGGAGCAGGGUUCAGCAUGGGUGGUGGGAUUGGCGGCGGUGGUGGCGGUGGCAGUGGUUUAGGUGGUGGUUUAGGUGGUGGGUUAGGCGGUCAGCCCAUGAGGGGUGGCGUUGGUGGCCCUUCACUGCGCGCCUCUGCCCCAUCUGCCGCCUCUGCUGCCACUUCUGCUUCCUCUGCUGCAUCUGGCGAUCCCAGCUCCCAGCCAUCUGCUGCAGCGUCAGCAGGCUCAUUCGAUCCCCUUGUAGACAUGCUUUUCAACCCCAAGCCCUCUGCUGCUGCUGGUAGCUCUGGUGGUGCUGGUGCUGGUUCUGCUGCUGGUGGUGGUUUUGCAGGGGCCAGCAGUGACAGCAGCAGCAGUUUCUUUGGAGCGAGCGCAGGUGGGGUUGAUUUCGGGAACCAAGACGCGGGCGAUUGGGGAAGCUUUGGGGAUGCUUCCGCCUCCACGGAAACCACUGUAGAGCUAGACGGCAUCGGGCCGCCGCCAGCGGGAGUGACUUAUAAUGCAGCGCUCAAUAAGGGGACGGAGUUCUACAAAGGGGGGCAGUUUGCGGAUGCGAUCAAGUGGCUGGUGUGGGCGGAGCAGCUGGCGGAGAGAGGGGGGCAGGCGGACGGGGGGGGCCUGGUGGCUGUGCUGACUGCCCGUGCUUCAUGUUACAAGGAGGCUGGCGAGAUGAAGAAAGCCGUUGCAGAUUGUAGCAAGGUGCUCGAUCUCGAGCCUGAAAACACAGCAGUGCUGAUGCAGCGAGCAUGUCUGUACGAGGCGAUGGAGAAGUACAAGCUGGGCGUGGCAGACCUGCGCCUGCUCUCCCGCCUCGACCCCUCCAACCGUGCCGUUGCCACGAGCCUUAACCGCCUCAAUAAGGCACUUGCUGCUCUGGGGUGA